CAACCUUCACCUUUUCUCGGUGGCGAGAGCAAUCCGCUCGCCUCCUCCUUAUACCCUCCGACGUGGAGCCAUAUCCAUAAACUUCCGCAUCCCCGCCGCUCAACUCUUGCGCUCGGUUAUAGCGCCCUAGCAGCCGAUAUCACCCUCCCAAGCCUUUCGCAAUGGCCAUGCACUCGCGCGACGCGCUUCCGCGCCUCAACAUCGGCCCACCACCCUCGCUACAGAUGCAGCAGCCCAUGUCGUUCAACCAGGGCCAGAUGUACUCUCCGGCCCUCCCGACAUCGCUCCAGCAGAGCUUUCAUCCGCCGUUUCCCAUGCACACCCCCAUGCAGCAGCAAUUUGGCUACCCAAUGCCCCCACCGUCCGCCCCCGGGCGCCCGAGUCAUCACGCAGCAGCAGCGAGCGUAGCGCAUCUCGCGGCUAUGGGCAUCCACCCGCCGAACGGGCCCCCGAUCAUCACCCCAGUCGGCGGCCACUUUCCCCGCGGCUCAGUCAUGCUGGGCCCGCCCGGGAUGCCUCCGCCGUUCGUCGGCCACAAACGGCGGAACAUGAGCAUCGGUGGACCGCCCAAGGCCGUGUUGGGAGGUCCGCAGCGAAAGACGAGCCCGCUACCGCCGGGUACUUCGGUUGCAUCGACGUCGGCAGCGCCGGUGAAAGCGAAGAAGACGGUGGUCAACCUGCCCAAGGAGACUAUCCCAGGCGAAGACGGCGCUCCACCGACGCGACCAUCAUGGGCGCGCGCACCCUUAGACGCUCCUUUCGAGUACAAAGACGUCCCGGUACCCGCUGCCGAGAUGACAUCUGCGGCGCUAUUUCCCCCAGAUGCAUAUAGAUACGCGAUGCCGCCAACAAUCGACGUCUUCUUGCCCGGCAAGCAAAACUGGGAUAGGCUCAAGCAGAUGGCGAUAGAGGAGAAGCUGCAGAAGCUUGGUGUGGAACGAGGCUCGGGAAGUGACGUCCCGCACAUCUUCGCCCCUCACGCUCGCGCUGCCUCGAUAUCAUCACCAGCAGACCCUGCACUCCUGCAUUUCAAGCUUCGCAAACUUUGGGAUCAGCAGGCGCAGGGCACUUCCGCAACCACUUCUCCCCAGCCCUCCUUCCAGUCGCCGUCCCCCAACCAGGCAGCCGCACCUCCACAGUUGCGACAUGGCCACAGCAUGUCGCUCGCGCAACCGCCGACCCACACCCAGAACAACGGCUUCAAUCCGUUCGGUCCCAACGCCGUCUUGGGCUCUGAUCAUAUCUCCAACCCCUCAGAUUCGCCUGCCAUGUCUUCUGAUGCGCCCAAUGGGAUUAUCGCGCCCCAGGGCCGUGUUCCAUUGCAGCCACCGCGGCUCGCACUUCCUCCUUCGACCUCCCGCCCCUCCAGCAAGCCGGAUUUCACUCGCGGUUUCGGCUUGGAUAUACCAGAGGAGACCGAGGAAGAGGAGGAAGCCGAGCGCGAAUUCGCGCAGGAGGCGAACGGUGACGCACACCACGAAGGCGAAGCGAAUGGUGCUCUGGGUGGCGCUGACUAUAGCGGCGCCACGACGGAGGUGGACGUGAAGGAGGAGCGUGAUGGCGAAGAGGACGAUGUUAUUCGGGAUGCCCCUACGAUUGUGGCGCAGAGCCGGCAUCACUCGCGCCAUGUGUCGCGGCUGUCGGCGGCGUUGUCGUUACGGUCAGUUGGUGGAGUGGCGGCGGAUGGGCUGCAGGACCGGAAUGGCCACAAUCCCGAUGGGAGUCAGGAUAUGGAUGUCGAUGAUGCGAUCGCCGAAUGGACUGGGUCGGAGGAUGUGUACAAUGAUGUGUCCAGCUCGGACGACGAGAGCAUUGGCGAGUGGUCGAACCCGUCCGAUGAGGAGAGAGCCCGUCAGCAACGCGCAGAGCGCAGGAUACGGCGCCGGGCUGCUCGCCAGCGUGACACGGAGCAACCUCGUCGGAUACCGAACUUCCCUCGGCCGCCUGAAAACACCAUCGCUCUCGCUCGUCUGGACGACGAUGUCAUCUCCAACCCAAGCGACGAGGAGGGUGUUGCGAAGCACUACCUCGGUACCAACUACUAUGACGCGCCUCGGCCGCUGCCUCCCUUGCCACACUCGCGUGGCCCUUCCAAUCACUUGUCGGUGCACGAUCCCGCGAACGCGCACUCGAGGCAUACGUCGAACGAGCACUUCCAGCCGACGCACUCGCAGAACCCGUCUCAAAGUGGCCGUCGCGAGCUCAACCCCUUCGCGAAGCCCUUCGUGUUCGGCGCGCCCGCCGCGCCUCCAUGGGGCACCGAGGGUCUCAAUCUCGGGUUGCCGUUGCCUCCGAAUGCGCCGUUUAUGGGACACUCGCCGCUGCCAUCUGUGGGCUCUGCAUCCCAGGGCCCUCAGAUCGCAUCGGCAGAGUCGAAGCCGAAGCUUAACGCUGCCGCGCCGGAGUUCAAGCCUACGCUUAACGUGAAGGCUCCCGAGUUCAAGCCCAGCUUCACGUUCAGGCCUCCCAUGGGUGCCCCGCCGCCGCAGACGUUCACUGCACCGGCGGAGCUCCCGCGCCCGUUGCCGGUGCCCCCUGUCAUCACGGACGACGCUGGGGAGACACUGUACCCGCAGGGUGGGCCGGCUGCCAAGAAGCAGCGUCGCCAGUCGACGGGUUCGAUCGAAGAGGGCGACAGCAUGUUGUCGUUCCGCUUCCCGGCUACGCUCGAGUCGCCGAUGAGCAUCCGUCACGACAAGUCUCCCAGCGUGCUCAGCAAGUCACUCGACCAGGCCGCCGUCGAGCCCAUGUCGUUCGCUGCCUUCUCCUCGGCCGCCGCCGCCAUGCCGCACAUCCCUACUGCUGAGCAGAUGGCUCACGACGAGGAAGUUGAUCAGCAGCUCGACCAGCUCAAGGAAGAGGACCUCAUCCGCCCAGAUAGCAUCCAAGAGCAGUUCAAGAACUUCUCGUUCCCGCAGAGCGCCUCCAAACCGAAGCGUGCGCCGAUCCCGCUCGACUUUAAGCAUCCGGUCUCACAGAACACAGUGCCCGCUGGCCUCUUCAAGGCCCUCGGCGAGGAGCGCACGCGCAAGACGGUGCGCUCGCGUCUGAGCUCGCGCGACGUCUUCGAGCACGAGAAUCGGCCGUCGCUCGACGACCUCAACGUGCCGCCAAUCUCGCGGAAGGUGUCGCGGACCCGGCUGGUCACGGACCCGGGCAACCGCCCGGCGAGUCUGAGCUCAUCGGGGUCGGAUGUGUUCACGUCUGCCCGCCGGCAUUCACGGAGGCGGUCGUCGCUGCCCGACGCGCUGCAUGAUCGGUCGGGCUCGCAGUCGCCUGUGCCAUCCAUUUCGUCCGCGAUUGAAUCGCCCGCGAUGGAUCUUACGAGCCGCCUGGAGAUGCACAGAUACGAGGACCGCGUGGCGGCGAUGCUGGACGACAAGUUGACGCUCAUUCGCAGAGAGAUCUCGCGCAGCAACGGCGCAUCCAUGACUGGGGAAUUGGAGGCCAAGAUUGAGGAGAUGAUGUCUCUGUUCCGGCAGCACCUCUCCGACGCGGCGGCGAAGAGCAUGAUGGACAGCCAGAUGGACGCUCGGGGCGAUCUGGACUUCGAGAUGUUGAAGGACGCGGUGCAGGAGGGCCACCAAGAGUCGUUGAGGAUCAUGCAGAGGGAGCUGUCGUCGCUGACGCAGAGCCUUGCGCAGGCUCAGGUAUCCAAUGGCACGACGCAGGACCUCGGCCCUCUGUUGCAGAAGCUCAACGCGAACACCAUUCAGGCCGUUGGGCAGGCUGUUGCGCGUAUCCCCGCCGAGGUCGCGGAGAUGCACAACGUUGCGAUGGCGCAUGCGAAGAAGACCGCAGCGGAGGACGUCGUUGCGGCACUCAAGCCCGCUCUGGAGAACCUGCGUCAAGAGCCGGUCAACUACGACUUCCUCACCGAGCAGCUGACACAGGCCGUCAAGCCGCACAUCACGCAGCUUAUCGACCUCGCUUCCGACAAGCGUGAGACCGCGGGCCUCAUCGUCGACCGUCUUGUGCCUAUUCUCCCCCAGAUCGUCGCCCAGCAGCCUGCUAUCGACGUCGAGGCCAUGACCAGUGCGCUAGUGACCGAAGUUCGCCGUGCUAUCGCACCGAUAGACGCCUUCGAGAUCAAGGAGCAGGUCGCGGACUUGGUGGUCGAGCGCCUUAACGCUCGCCUUGCCACGAGGGACCAGCAUAUAGAUGGCCUCGCCGGCAAGGUCAAGGAGAUCGUCACCUCUUCCUUGGCUCCUAUUACGCAGGCCACUUCUGUUCUCAGCUCUUUGGCGGAGGGUCAAAGGUCGUUGACGUCGAAGCAGACCGAGCUGACGGCGUCGCAAAAGCAUGCCAACGAGCUUGUCUCGCAGCUUCCUCAACAGCUCAAGGCCGCUAUGGACGGCUUCGCCGCGACUGUCAAGGAGCUCCAGACGAGGCCCGGCCUCCGCGCCGACCCCGUCUUGCCGGACGAGAAUAUCCUUGCCAUCAAGGCUGCUCUCGACAACAUCGCCUCCUCCUCUACCUCCAACGCCACCACCGAAAAGAUCCUCGCCCAGCAGCGCGACUUCGCCGAGAAGCUCAACGCGCUCCCUGAGACCUUCGCCUCCGCGACCAACGUCUUGCAAGCCGCGCACGCCGAGUUCGCCCUCACGCGCGAGCAGAACCGGCGCGAGAUGGACGACUUGCGCAAGGCUGUUACCGAAGCGCAGGUGCAGGUUGCUAAGGCCCGCGGAGCGCACGGCCAGGUGCGGGUGGAGAAGGACGUCUUGAGCGAGAAGCUUGGCGUUGUGGAGGCCGACCGCAGCAGGUUGCAGGAGCAGGUCAAGAGCUUGCAGGCUUCUGCGACGGCGAAGGCUUCGGAGGCGACGGUGAUGGAGGCGCGGAAUAAGGAGCUGGAGGAUGCGCUCGCGAAGGCAUUGGCGCGGUUGCAGACGUCGGAUGUCGAGGCCGCUGCCAACAAGGAGCGUAUCGAGAAGCUCGAGAAGGCGAACCGCGAGCUUGAGAAGGAGAAGAUGGGCAUGAAGGCACAGAUCGACUCCCUCGAGAUGAAGCACUCCAUCGCUGUCCGUGAUAAGGACUCGGCGGCUGCCUCCGCCAAGGCGUUGCAGAAGCGUCUCGACGAGGUGCAGUCUCACGACGAACAGUGGGACACCCUUCGCCGCGCCUGCGCCCAGAUGACCGAGCUGUCCUCCAUGAUGGGGCAGACCGACACCCGAGAACUCCAGGAGCUGCGCGAGGUCCGGGAUCGUGCGAAGGUCCUCGAAGGCGAGCACGCCGCGCUCAAGAGGCGCUUCAAGGAGCAAGACGGCAAGAUGGCGAACGCGGAGAAGAUCGCCUUCACCGCACGCCAGAGCCUCACGCAGGCGCAGCAGCGCGCGUCCGAGUGGGAGCGCAGGGCGAAGGAGUACGAGGCGAAUCUGGAGCUCACGCGCACGAAGCUCGAGCAUGCGGAGCAGACGCAUGCGCAACUCGACGCCGACCACUCUGUCGCGAAGUUGCAGCUCGAGGAGCGUGAGGCGGAUGAUCGUUUGGCCAAGGACCGCGAGAACAAGAUGCGCGAGACCAUCUCGGCGCUCGAAGCCAAGGUCCGGCUGUUGCAGUCAGAGCUUCAGGCAGCGGUGCUUAAGGCGGCACAACCGAAGACGAACGGCACGAACGGCGUGAACGGGCACUCCAUUCACCGCCCGUCGUCACGCACAAGUACAGUGUACGCCGACAGCCGCGCGGCAACCCCGACGUUGAGCCACGCACCUUCGCCCACACCCGCGCGUGCAAGCAUGUACGCGCCUGUACCUAGUCGCUAUCCCGGUGUCGGCCAGGGUACACCCAAGAGUCGUUCGUACAAGAACUACAGAAUACCCUCGCCGACACCCAGCGUCGUGAGCAUCGUCACGCAAGGAGAGGAUGGUUGGUGGUCAUAGACGCCCUGCCUCCUCCCUUCACUUCUCAUCUCCCCACUCCUCUUCGUCCGCUUUCUCUGUGUAUCCUUGUCCCACCACCUUAUGCAUACAUAUUUCACACCCUAUGUUACCGCCGUCCUGUCAUUUGCUACACUACCGCUCUGUUCACUAGUUCUUGCUCCCCGGAUCUCCUCGCUGCAUCUACCUAUCUGGUAUAUAUUUUGAUUUCGCUUACACGUCUGGAGGCUGGAGCACUCGCCGCUACCGUUUGGCUGCUAGCGUCGUCGCGUCGCUGGGCCGGCUGCGCUGUAUAUAAUACCUUCCUUCGGGUCUACGCGCCUAUAUCCUGUGUACGUGGCUAGGGUUGGAAUGGAAUUCUCGAAUAAUAGCUUGUGUAGCCUGA